UCUAAAGCGCCUCGGCACCAUUUAAGGGCACGACUCGGCUAUUUAAUACAAGAUAAUUUUAGUCCAAAGAGCGAGUCAGACAGCUGAAUAUAGUCAAUCAUGAGUGCUAAAGCAGUGAGCUGCACAAUAAAAUCACCUGUGGCGCUGCAGAUUGGAGACACUGUAUCUGAUUCAUCUCGUCCUGGCGUCUACAUAACAGACAUCACCCUCGCCGAGCCUGUGAACAUUCAGGAAAUCUCCUUCAAGAACUACUACACUGCGUAUUUGACGGUCCGUUUGCAGCGGAGAGAGGACGGCUCUGCGAAGUGGGUCACUUGUUUGAGAAAUUACUGCCUCAUGAGCAACCCACACGCUGAGGCCGGAUCACAUGACUAUUUCUCCAUCUACAGACAUCAGAUGUUGACGGAGCCUGAUAACGUGACGACAGUGAGACUCAUCUUGCGACAGCCCUCCUCCGAAUGGCUCAAUUUCAGCAUUGAGGAAAUUAACAUUUACCUGUGUGCAAAAGAGGACUCGGAGCGAGACGUUCCUGCCUGGAUAUCCACUCUCACACCUGUAGAGGAACCUCUUGAUUUGAAUGGACUUCCUGAUCCAGAGACGGUUUCCUCCAGCAUUCAGCAGAUGUGGGCACUCACUGAGAUAAUGCAGGCGAGCCAAACCGCAGCUUCCAUCGGACGUUUCGACGUGGAAGGCUCUUAUGAUGUCAAAUUGCUAUCGCACACAUGACGGGAAAGCUGAAAAUUGAAC